CCGAAUCUUUUCAGUGAGAGCGAUGCUUCUGGAUCUUUUUGGAUCGAUUGUAAUUUAACACAUAAUGCGAUGACAUUUUGCACGCAUUUUGCACACGAAAACUGCUUUCAGCAUCAUAUGAAAAGAAAUCUAUGUCACCUCCGUCGCUGCUGUCACGCUCAUUCUUGACAACGUCGUUAGUACCCAGAUGACUUCAUACACCUAGAUAUCGUUUUACUGUAUCUCAAUCAGAGAGGGUCACCACUGGGGUUCGGACAGAAAUAUCAAGCAACAGAUAAUCCGAAGGAUCAACCGUUUGAUUAAAGGUUAAAAUACACAAUCCCACUGGAGCUCGUUCAUUAAGGUUAUCUGUGUCAUGCAGCAGAAAGUGUGCACACGCAACACAGCGCUGUUUGUGAAGAACGGGCAGGCCUGUGGAGCCGGAGCCCCUCCUCAACUUCCUUUCCGCUGCCCUCGAUGUGGAGAGCACGAACGUUUCCACAGUCUUUCUUCUCUCAGAGCUCACCUCGAAUACAGCCACCCUUUCCACACUAAACAUGACAUCAGCCUCCUAUCCACGAGGGAUCUCUCUAACACAGAGCACACCGAAAGCUGCAAACCCUCCAAUUCCGACAUGCAUAAAGUACGUGACGCCGGCACGAAUACUAACUCCACUGCGAGAGGAGAGCACAAGCACUUAUUCGGUGCUGACCAAACUCCAUCGCAGCAGCCCGCAGAGCAAAAGCUCACGCCCCCAGAGAGGAGCCUCAGCGUUGGGGAUGCACCGGCCGGAGCCGGACCCCUCUCGGCUCCUGUGGCGUCAGUGGAGAAGAGGCUGGAGGGGAUGAUGAGGACAGCCAAUAGCAGCAUGGAGCGACGUCUGCUGCGGCUGAGCUCAGAGCUGGCACAGACAGACACGGCUAUCCUGUGUGAGCGCGCUCACUCGCAUCACCUGGCCCAGGAGAAACAGGAAGUGCUGGAGCGAGAGCGGGCGCUCAGCAGACAGGUAGACGCCGCCGUUAUGGUGAUCGCCACACUCAGGCAGCAGCUCAGCAUCUCGGAGCACGAGUUGGAGAGAAGAGAACAGGAAGUUAUUACCAUCCAGAAGUUUCUGGAAGCAGCGGCACAGCAUGAGAUGUGUGGGAAGGUUCGUUUGCGUCGGUUCAUCGAGAGCCUCUUGCGGAGGAUUUCCCUGGCCGAGAGACUACUGGAAUAUUAUCAGAGCGCCCCCCACAGGCAUUAUUGCACGGCUCACUCUGUGCCUCUGCCAUCAGAGCUCGGUCCACAUAGAAUAACACAAAGCAGGUCUUCAGGAGACCAUCUUGAGCAGGAUGAAGAGCAGCAGUUACUUGGUCAGUCUGGAUGGGGACUGUCUAAAGGUUCUUCUGGAAGACUGGGUUACGACAGCUGGUCCCAGCGGAGGAGGUCAGAUGGGUCGGAUCUUAUGCCACUUUAAGAAAAUGCACUGUUUCAGCAAGAAGAAAAAGUAUGUAGCAAAUAUCAAAAUCAUUUACUUGGGUCUGUUUUUUUGUUGUGUAUUUUAAAUAGUGGUGCUACAUUUUAAGGGAUGAAUAUACAUUUCCCUGCUUAUGUUAGCCAGCCUCAUUAGAAGGAGAGAAAGAGGAAACUAUAACAGAGAAGGAAGUUCUCUUUCGUUUUAAAACAUGCACCUAUUGGAAUACGUAUAGAUGUUGUUAAGUGUUCUUAAAUUAAUUGCCAAGAAAUUUGAUAAUGGAUCACUUUUGCCAUUCUGUACAAUUGGAGCAAUAGCACUUAUGGUCUUUGGCUGAACUGUGAAACGAUUCUGUACUUUAUUUAAAGAGAUAGUUUACCCAAAAAUGACAAUUCUGUCAACAAUUACUCACCAUAGAGCCCUGUCAAGAUAUUUUGAGAAAUGUUUAACGACUGGGUAAGCUGUACCGUAAAAUAACAAUUACAGUAUUUAAGUUCUUAACUUAAGUUGCAUCUAGCACUUAAAUCAAAUGAAUAUUCAGUAUUCAAACAAUGUUAAGCUCUAUGGACAGUUUCUGACUGUUCUAACUGUACUGUUCUUUUUACAAGCUAAAGGAAAGUCACGAUUCAUUUUUGUGGCAUUCGGUAGCAUGAUACCAUAAAGCUUAACUUGUACAAAAAACGGAACAUUUUAAUUCCCAGGCAGUUCAUUCUCGGCUCUACACAACUGGAGCAGUAGCACUUAUUCGCAUCUUGGGCAAAACUGUGAAACAAUUCAGACAAUAGCGGUAUACUACCAAAGUCCAUUAAAGGGGACAUCGGAUGCCCAUUUUCCACAAGUUGGUAUGAUUCUUUAGGGUCUUCAUGAAAUGUCUGCAACAUACUUUGGUUCAAAUUCCUCAAUGGCCGUGUAAAACAACACACUUUUUACUUCAUCAAAAACAGCUCUGUUCACAGCAACCCGUUUCAGUGCAUGCCUCUUUAAAUGCUAAUGAGCUACUGCUCACUCCACCUCUCUCCAAUAUAUCCAUAUGGUUCAGAGGUGGUCUUGUUCAAAUAGCUAUAGCUAUCUACAUAGAAACUGGCUGCAAAUUGAAACAGCUGCUGGAUGACACAGUUUCAGACUCAGACGGCCAGUAAAAAACUGGCUGCAUGGUUUUUUUGGGGGGGGGGUUUUAAGCUUUUUUCAGCUUUUCUGAGCUGGCAGACAUGCCAGUUACCUAACUGCUAAAUGCAAAAAGCUAAAAAAGUGAAAAUUUCAUCCAAUGUCCCCUUUAAUGCACAAAAAUACUGACAUACAGUAUAACAUUUGAAGUAUAAUUUUAUGAAUGAAGAGGGUGUUGUCCGUAAAACCAACAGACUGGAAGAACAGGGUAGUGCUUUUGGUGUUAUUAAUAGAUUGUAGUGGUCUAUAAAGGACCACUGCAUGCACACACUUGGGUAUAACCUUUAUUUGACUUUAACUUCACAGCACUUCGACUUCACAGUAUUCAAAAUCAAUGUUUUGUAAAUACUAGUAUGUAUUUUUUGUCAGAUGCAGGGUAGAUCUCAUCCACCGCACCUUAGUCUUGAUAUGAACCCGGUCAGUUUUAGGGGGGAAAAAGCCAAAUGAGGGCAUUUGCUUACAUUUCAGCUCAGGCUACUUGUUUUGUUCAGUUUAAGCUCUGAAUUUUUCCCAUAUUAUUCUACAAGUUGCAUGUGACCAGCUAAAUAGGACCUCUUGGCUUCAUGUGUGAGACUUUUACAUUUUUAGAAAGGAAAUAUAUAUACAAAAAGCCCAGCAGAAAUGACAAAUGGCACUUGGAAUUUGAGUUCAGAAGACGAAAGUAUAAAAACGACUAGUUAUAAUUCUUGUUUUAUACUCUUGUUUGUGCUGUUUUGUUCAGUGGUGGCAAUGUCAUCCACUCCAUUUUGUGCUCAGUUCUGACACUGUGAUUAGAAUCUUAUUUUGUCUUUUGUGGUCUCUUCACGUUUCUGUAUCACUAGUUUAUGUUGUGUUUAGUUAGAAAGAGAUCUAAAGUACUGUAGUGCUGUGUGAGCAUGAGGUAGUUCACAUCCAUCAGUAUUUUAUUGUGAGUGAGCAUGCUAUAAUGCUUUAUCCAGUGGCUUGUGCAAUAUGUGACAAUAUUUUCAUGAUGGGAGGAAAAGAAACGGUACUGUACAGAAGAAAUCUGGAGUCAAACAAGGUCAAGUAGGGCUCAACCUAAUUCACAUGAUUUUAUUUAUGUAUCUAUUUGUUUAUUUAUUUAUUAUAAAUAGAAUCUGAGAAAGUGUUCCUAUGUAUUUUAUUGUCUUGUAUCAGUACCCACUAACACAUACUGAGCAGCACACUCUUCACAACACUGGUUCAGACCAUCAUUUAUAAGAAUUCACAAUGAUUUUGGACUGACUGAAAAUAUAAAGAUGGAUGACACUAAAAAUAAGAUUGAUAGGCUAUUAGUUAGUUGCUACCAUAUUUCAAAUAAUAAUAAAUUUUGGCCAAUUGUGUAUUUAUUUCGCAAUAUGUUGUCAAUAUCAGGUUCGAUUUUAAAAUAUACAAUAUGAGUGGCCGUAUCAGUACAGUAGCAGUCAUAUUUGGCUUUUUAAUUCAGUAUGCAUCUGAUUAAGCCAGUAAUAGAGCAGAUACUAUAAUUUCUAUCUAUCUAUAUAUAUAUAUAUAUAUAUAUUACACAGUUAUUCAUCUAUUCUACAUUAUAAUGUGUGCUACAUCAAGACUGAAGAAUAGAUUUUUGUAAAUGAAAACAGGAAUUUAUAAUAUCAGCCAUCGUGCCAGCCUUUGGCCAUUACAUUAAAAUAAAUAUCAGCUGUUUUCUCAUAAAAAUUGGUAUUAAUGAUGCAUAUCUAAAAUGAAUAGUUCUGUGAACUAGGUUGGACCCUAGAAAUGUAGGUGUGCCAUUAUAGAUGUGACAAUCAGAAGUAGAACCAAGCUAAAUCGCUUAAACGUUUUUUUUGUUCUAUUGUUUGGUGUUUCUAAUGUUUAAUGUUGUGCCAUGUUGUUUUCUGUUAAAAAUAUUGAAUUUGUUUUCUCUAGACUUAAUUAUCUUAAUGUUUGUGCCUUUCUCUUGAAACAUUGUCGUCUGUAUUACACUUGUGAUACUGUGAGAUCUGAAGUCUCACGCGAUCCUUGCUGCUGUAUGUGAUAUUCUGAAUAACAGAAAUGAGAUUAGAAUUGAUCAUUAAAGAUUGAUUGCCUGUUUUCCAUUUCUUGUGGCUACUGCAGCAUUAUUAAAAUCUGAAUGGUCAUUCAUUUGA